AUGGCAUUUACAUCUGAAUAUUCCUGUUCAUUUGAUAUAUCGGACGUUUCUAAAGAUAUGUUAUGUAAAAAAUCACCAGACGUGAGAUUCACGAUAUCCACUCUUAAAAGGAAUGUAGCAUCGGUAUCGAACAAUAAUGUUCUGCGAACUGAAAAUUUUGGAAAUGACGAUGGUGCAGAAGAUGGAAUGAAUGAAGGUAAACGUCAGCGGCUUACAUUUGUGAAAAAUGGACAAAUGAUUGAAUCAGGAGGAACACAUAAGUCAGAAAGUAGUUUAGUUAUACCAAUGGCAGUGCAGAAAGAUUGGAGACUUGAGCGCCUGUUACAGAUGAAAAGUGAGGGUAAAUUAAAGGAGGAAAAGCUAGCGAAGCUGGAACUACUUGUUGAGUCUGCUCCGUUAUUAACUCAGAAGAAUGGAAAUAAAGUUGAUGGUGAAGUUAGUGAUGUGGGUGCUGAUUAUGAUUCAGUACCAGUAGAUGUAUUUGGUCUUGCAAUACUGAGAGGUUGCGGUUGGCGAGAAGGUGAAGGAAUUGGUAAAACAAACAAGAAGGUAGUGCCUUUACGAAUUUCAACCGGGAGGCCGAAAGGACUUGGAUUAGGUGCUGCCAUCAUGUCAAAAUCCAUUAAUAGUUUGAAUUCAGAUGCAGGAAAAUUGGACUGCUUGAAGAAAGCAUCACUUGUGAAAAUUACUGGGGGAAUAUAUAGGGAUUUAUAUGGAAAAAUUGAGAGUUUCGAUGAAGAUAACGCAAGCGUUAUUGUUCGGCUUGCUCUGUGUGGAAAAAACGUUCGUGUUAGCCACUAUGCUGUUAUUUUGGUCACUGAUGAAGAGUAUGAACAAAAAGGCAAGAAUAGUAAUUAUUUCGAUUUAGUCUUUAAACCUAAAGCUUCUCAUGACAAUAGCAAGCAUUCAAAUGGUAAAAUCGGAAUGGUGGAUAAUGAAGUGAAAAUAUCGCAGGAAAGGAAUUACAAGAAGCAGAAAUCAGAAAUUGUUAUCAAACCAAAUAUAAAAGAUAUGUGGGCACGACCAGAACUCAAAGUGCGGUUCAUCGAUAAGAGGUUCAAGAAUGGAAAGCUCUAUAAUGAAAAAGUCCGAAUUCUGGAUGCAGCCAACCGUGAGAACUGCACUGUGGAGGACUCUUCUGGAAAUAAAUAUUUCCAAAUCAGUGAACAUUGGCUGGAAACAGUUAUACCAAAAGCAAUAGGCACAAAGCUGAUGAUUGUGAAUGGCCAAUUUCGUGGGAAUAUCGCAGUGUUGGAAGCAAGAGAUAAGAAAAGGCAUAUGGUUAUUGCUAGAUUGAUAACUACUGAUGAAAUUAUUACUACCUCUUUUGAUGAUGUCUGUGAAUAUCUUGGUUCUUUUGAUGAAUUUUAG